AUGUCUGACUACGAAAAACUGGAGCAAGCACUAGCGCAACUUAUUCAGUGCUCCAAAGAUGCAGAUAGUGAUGGCUGCAACGAAAAGUCCCCGAAAACUGCCCCUUCCAGCGAAAUGGAAAAAACAAACACGCUGAAAGUGGUAGCACAGGCAACCGACAAGCUGACUGAGUCGUUGGGCAUUUUGCAUGAGUUUGAAAUGUUGAUGCACGAUAAAACAGCUUCACUGCACGUCAUCUCUAACGAACUGGUGCUAAACGCUUUGCUCCUUCACGAGCAAAAGAGCGAACUGGUGGAGUUGCGGAAAAAGUUGCAAGACAUAUCUGGCAAAUGGUACCAGUCCGCUGAUUCGGUUGCCAAUGCCUUGGAAAGUCGUUGUGCCGAAAUAAAUGAAGCUUGA